AUGAUACUCCGACAAGUGGCUAGCUUGCACCAUUGCUCUCCGACACUUCCCCCCAUUCCUCUGCAGUUGCGCGGUUUCAUUUCCCAGUUUCGGCCAUCCGCGCGCGGGUUGCGGAAAAUUUGCGCAAGCCCAACUAGGCCUUCCUUUUCGCCAGAUCUCUUAUCCGCGGCGUCUUUCGUCGGUCACCACGUGCCGCUCUCAGCGCGUUCAGCGGCGGGUAGUGCGGGGAAUCGCGUCCGCACAUCCGCAUCGGCGCGUUUGAACAUGGCUGUCGCGGCGACAGCUGAUUCGCCAGCAGUGCGAGAGGUAGCUUCAGCAGCGCAGGGAGCGGAGCCGGCGGCGCCGGGAGCAGCGGCGCCUCGGUCGGUGUUGGUUCAGAAUGGGGUGGCGAAGGUGUGCCAGAUGUCGGCUGCUGAUUUGCUGCGGUCUUACCCGCGAGGUGCAUACACCACAGCGCGCACAGUGGGUGUUCACUCCGUGCUCGAAUUCGACAUGCACGUGCAGCGACUGGUGGAGUCAGCAGGUCUGAUGGGUCUGGCAGUGGUGCCUGGUGGUGCGACGGGGGAGAGCAGUGGGCAUCAGGAGAAGGGGAGGGAUAGCUGUAGGGAUUCCCCUGACGCCCCUGCACCUCCUGUGCACACUGCGUCUGCUUCUGCUGCUGCUGCUGCUGAUUCACAACUGACGUUUGAAAGUCUCCGCCCAGUGAUCAAGUCCGCCUUUGCACAGGCAAUCAAGGAGUUCCUCCACUGCAAUGCCACUCUCCCACAUGCCACCACCAGCAGCACUGCAACUGCCACGCAACAUCCUUCCAUGUGUGGUCCAUCAUCGUACACUCUCCACACAUCCCCCCUUCCUCUCGCAACAUCUUCCACUGUCUCACCUACCACUCGCCAUCCAUCCCUCACAUCUUUCAGUUACAUCUUUUCAACCACAUUCCCAAGAACCAUCCACCUAGGCUCGCUUCAGUGCCACCUGCACUUCCCCUCCCUCCUAACACUUUUCGUGAAACCCUUUUCGUCCCGGCUCUCCCCAUGUCCCUCCCCAUGUCCCUCCCCAUGUCCCUCCCCAUGUCCCUCCCCAUGUCCCUCCCCAUGUCCCUCCCCAUGUCCCUCCCCUCGCCCCCCUCUCAUACUGCUCUUCCCUCACCCAUACGAUCUCUUCAUGCACGCGUCGCCGCUUCCCCUCCUGCCACCGUCCGCAUGCUGCCUUCCCCCCCUCGUCGUGUCCACCCUCGUCGUGUCCACCCUCGUCGUGUCCCCCCUCGUCGUGUCCACCCACCCACCUCAUCACCGCUCCUUCUCCCACUUAUCCCCUCUUCAUAUGCCCAUGGUGGGACGUGUAGUCAGUCUCUUGAUACAUUUUGAGGCGCCUCAAAAGAACACCGCGUGUAGUGAGGUGCAUUUUGAGGCGCCUCAAAAUGCACAUCACCGCUCCUUCUCCCACUUAUCCCCUCUUCAUAUGCCCAUGGUGGGACGUGUAGUCAGUCACUUGAUACAUUUUGAGGCGCCUCAAAAGAACACCGCGUGUAGUGAGGUGCAUUUUGAGGUGCCUCAAAAUGCACAUCACCGCUCCUUCUCCCACUUAUCCCCUCUUCAUAUGCCCAUGGUGGAGGCAGGCGGUGUGGUGGUGACAGCAGAGGAGGGCGUGCUCAAAGGCACCAUUCGCUCCCUCAUCCUCUCUGUCUGCCAGCAGCAAGGCGUGCCGGUGCAGCUGAGGGCACCGCAGGUGGGUGAGGCGUACAAGUGGCAGGGGGCGUUCAUCAGCAGCACCUCUCGCCUGCUGCUGCCCCUCGAUACCCUCCUGCUGCCCUCCCCCCAGGCACGUGCAAGGUGA